GUGCGUCCCCUUCUUAAACCUUGGCAGUGCAAGCCCAGGCAGCCUCAUCCCCUCAGUCCUCAGUCCCUCACACACUCACUAUACACUGCUCUGCUGCAGCAAGAAGGAAGAAGCUAGCGCCUCCCUAGCUCUCGUUGUCAGCAAUGGCCACCACCGCCGCGUCCAGCCUCCUCAAGUCCUCCUUCGCGGGCUCCCGGCUCCCUUCGGCCACGCGCACCACCACCCCGUCGUCCGUGGCCGUGGCCACCCCGCGCGCCGGCGGCGGCCCCAUCCGCGCGUCCAUCUCCUCCUCCCCCACCCCGCCCUACGACCUGACGUCCUUCCGGUUCAGCCCCAUCAAGGAGUCCAUCGUGUCCCGCGAGAUGACCCGGCGCUACAUGACGGACAUGAUCACCCACGCCGACACCGACGUGGUGAUCGUGGGCGCCGGGUCCGCGGGCCUGUCCUGCGCGUACGAGCUGUCCAAGGACCCCACCGUGAGCGUGGCCAUCGUGGAGCAGUCCGUGUCCCCGGGCGGCGGCGCGUGGCUGGGCGGGCAGCUGUUCUCGGCCAUGGUGGUGCGCAGGCCGGCGCACCUGUUCCUGGACGAGCUGGGCGUGGGCUACGACGAGGCCGAGGACUACGUGGUGGUCAAGCACGCGGCGCUGUUCACGUCCACCGUGAUGAGCCGGCUCCUGGCGCGGCCCAACGUGAAGCUGUUCAACGCCGUGGCGGUGGAGGACCUGAUCGUGCGGCGGGGGCGCGUCGGCGGCGUGGUCACCAACUGGGCGCUCGUGUCCAUGAACCACGACACGCAGUCGUGCAUGGACCCCAACGUGAUGGAGGCCAAGGUGGUGGUCAGCUCCUGCGGCCACGACGGGCCCUUCGGCGCCACCGGCGUCAAGAGGCUCCAGGACAUCGGCAUGAUCAGCGCCGUGCCCGGGAUGAAGGCGCUCGACAUGAACGCCGCCGAGGACGAGAUCGUGCGCCUCACGCGCGAGGUCGUGCCCGGCAUGAUCGUCACCGGGAUGGAGGUCGCCGAGAUCGACGGCGCCCCGAGGAUGGGCCCGACGUUCGGCGCCAUGAUGAUCUCCGGCCAGAAGGCGGCGCACCUGGCGCUGAAGGCACUGGGCAGGCCCAACGCCGUGGACGGGACCAUCCCCGAGGUGUCGCCGGCGCUGCGCGAGGAGUUCGUGAUUGCGUCCAAGGACGACGAGGUCGUGGACGCCUGAGCGAGCAUCCACGCGCCAGCAUGCAAGCAGCGUCUUAUCUGGGCCGGCGCCAUCACGGGGUUUCUUCUUUUAAUCUGGGACUUUGUUGUUGUUGGACGAAUGAAUUCCCUUCGAUCGGUUAGCUUUAAUCUGUCUCGUUAGUGUGUCGUGUUCGUGUAGCACCAUGCCACAGCUACGCCAUGCCGUGUGCUCUGUCACGUGGGGGCCACUCGUGGGGUCUCCUGCUGCUGUCAGAACGAAUAAGAGAAGAUGGAAUUGUGGUGAAACAAUAAAAAUGCAUGGUUUAAAUUGUCUUGUUGGUGUUGCUU